AUGAUAUCAAAUCAAAGAUAUUUAGAAAGAGAUUAUUCGACUUACAAUUUUCAAUCAAUACCGAAGGAACUUAUUUUGGAGAUUAUUUCGUAUCUGGUUGGUGAUCUCGAUAGGUUACAUGAUGAUAGGGUGGAUAUGAGAUUGGUUAGUCAGGUAGAAAAUUACAUACCACCUUUUGAAAAUAUUAAAUCAGUGAUCCGAUUCGGAUCCAUUACGAGAAGGUUGAGGGAAAUGAUAGUGGGGAAUGGAGAUGAGGCUUUUGAGAGGUUUUGGUUGAAAGGAUUUGUUUUUCAUCAGAAAAUCAUGUACUGGAUUAGAACAAACUCUUUUGAUUCUUUGGAUUUGUGCCAAGGAGAUUUGAAUACCACUGAGAUGGAUGAAGCUCUUCGACUUGAGGUAAUGAUUGGAGCUAUUGAGAGAGGAAAAACAAGUCAAAAACUGGAUUUUGAUACAAUAAGCAGUAUUAUUACAGAUCCAUUGCAUAUGAAUGAUUAUUGUGAUGAGGAUGCUUGUAAGGAGAUGAUUCAAUCAAGAUUGAAUAGAUUUAACAUUUCAUUUGAGGAUUAUGAGCUAUAUUACAAAAAUAAGGAGCAUGCUUUUGAAAUGUUUCUCACACAGUCACUAAUGCUCUCACUUGAAAUGUACAAAUACAUGCAUACAGAAUCUUUGUCUGACUAUUGGUCUGUUGGAGAGAAUUUCCUACUUUCUGAAAACCAUGUCGAGAACUGGCCUAUCAAGUCAUUCUCAUCAAGGGUUAAAAGUGUAGUUAUUGGAAGGAAACAGAGCGGAAAAAGUCUUGGAAUUAGAAUUGAAUCAUCUAUUGGUUGGGAAUAUUUUGUAAAGAAUAUUGAAAAACAAAUGCCAUUCACAGGAAUGCAUCCCAAAGAACUAUCAAGAAAUAUUCAAAGCAAUGAUGGAAUAAUGUAUGCCGGCCUUUUGACAAUUGCCUUACUUUCCUAUUGGAACGUUUACUCUCUUUUGGCCUCACCUCUAUUACUAUUACUGAAAAAUGAAGACUUUACUCAAGUUUCCAAUGGAGACAACGUUGAGACAAAUUUGCAAAUUGAUGAAGAAAAGGAAUCAACUAAUAAGGAGAUAGACGAAACUGUUAACCUAAACGAAUUGAAGGAAAGAUUGUUAGGAUCAAUAUGCCUAAGUUUAAUCAAUCUUCUUUAUUUGGAUCCUUUGAAAGAUUUCGAAUUCCCUUCAAAUAUCAGAUUUCUUUCCAUUGAAUAUAAUAAUUUAAGCGCAUACAGUAAGCAUCCUCAGAAUAGGUGGGGUUCAUUUUUCAAUGGAUGUACAUUUCCAGGAGUGAAAUAUUUGAGAAUCGUUGUUGAAGAUGAUGAUGGGUAUAGAGAUAAUGAAUCAGUAAUGAAAAUAGGAAAAACCAGUAGAACAAUUUUAGAAUCCAUGUUAUCAUGCAAAGUUAUGCCUAACUUGAAAUAUCUGGUCUUAUCAGGAUUUCAUGAAAAUGAAUAUCUAUUUCAUCAAAUAGAUUUUCUCAAACAGCUGUAUAAUAUUGAUAUUGUAUUUGAUUACAAUUCAAGACACACAAAUGGAUGGUUAAAUAUGACUGAAUUCACAUCUAGAUUGAGUCAAGUAUCAAAAACAUUGAAAUAUGUGGUGGUUGAAACAAAUACAGACCCAAGACCUAAUGGUGACAUUCAAGCUGCCGAUCACAGGUCUAUCAAAGAGUUUUAUGAUUCCCAUGAUAAUGUAGCAUCAUUAGGUACCUUCAGUAUUUCCAGAUAUUAUUACUCUUGCAAUGAAUGA